GACCUGGCCUUCAAGCCAAUCAUAAUUCGCGUAUUUACUGGUUGAAGCUUGUUGCUAGGUAAGUUUUUUUUCUUCUCUCGAACUAAGUUGUCAUCGAAGUACGUGACGUUAUCGGACAUUAUCCAUGAACGGCGGUUUAUAUUCAGAAGAUUAAGAAGAAAACUUUUUUAUUGUGAGAUAAAAAAUGGCGGCAGACAGACACGACGGCGGCAGAGACUCUGACGGAUCCGUGGACAGGGACUCGGGUAAAAUCAGCCCGCUGGGGGGCGAGGACGACUUCAAGGUGUCCUGCGCCAAAGAGAUGGCUCUGCUGGCCCUGAUGGAGAAGACGGGCUACAACAUGAUGCAGGAGAACGGACAGAGGAAGUACGGAGGACCGCCUCCAGGCUGGGAGGGCCCUGCCCCCCCCCGGGGCUGCGAGGUCUUCGUGGGGAAGAUCCCCCGAGACAUGUACGAGGACGAGCUGGUGCCGCUGUUCGAGAGAGCCGGACGCAUCUACGAGUUCCGGCUGAUGAUGGAGUUCAGCGGAGAGAACCGCGGCUACGCCUUCGUCAUGUACACCAACAGGAACCUUCCAGCUGUGGGGUCACUCCAUCCAGGUGGACUGGGCCGAGCCGGAGAAAGACGUGGACGAGGAGGUCAUGCAGCGCGUCAGAGUCCUUUAUGUGCGUAACCUGAUGCUGAGCACCAGCGAAGAGACGCUCCGCCAGGAGUUCUCCCGCUUCAAACCGGGCUCGGUGGAGCGCGUCAAGAAGCUCACGGACUACGCCUUCGUCCACUACCGUUGCCGCGACGACGCCGUCACCGCGCUCAGCCUCAUGAACGGCGCGCAGAUCGACGGCGCCACCCUCGAGGUGACGCUCGCCAAACCGGCCGGGGUCAAGGAGGGCGGCGUGGCCGGCAGGCGCUACAACAGCCGCGGUUACCUUGGAAACAACAACAACAACAACGGCGGCGGCGGCGAGGGAGGAGGAGGAGGAAACGGAGGAGGAGCCGGGGGGAACGGGACGUUUCUCCUGCACCGGAGCGAUGGCGGGAUGGUGGGCGGGGCCGGGGACGCGUACCCCCCCAUGAGGACGCUGCCGCCGCCGCGCCUCAGCAGCCCCUUCUACCCCGGAGCAGAGGACCCGGGACCGGUGUGUGUUCCCCCUGUCUACCCCGUAGCCCCCCCUGUCCGAGCCGCCUGCUGUCCCAUGCAGAGAGUAGAUCUCCCGGCCGGUGGUCAGUCUGGACUUCUACUGCCGCAAGAACUAUGGUUCCCCCUGGCCGAGUAUCACCUGUUACUCCACACCUGGACAGGACGGGCAGCUGCUGCUGGUCUAAAGAGGGUGAUUCCCGUCAAAACGGUCGAGCACUACAUCCCAGACACGCUGUGUGUGUUGCUGGAUGAUGCCAAAGAGCUCGCGGCACAGACGACCCUCUGGAACGGACUCGUCCUUCCUGGGCGUGUCCUCCUGUGAUUCUCCGAGCAGCUCCUCCCCUCCUCUCGCCGCCCCCCCCUUCGCCACCAGUCCCGGGUUGUUGACGUGCGG